CCUUUAACCAAAUGAAUGGACUCUUUAUUCUUUCCUUUGUUUUUCCUACUAGCCUAUCCUAAAAGAACCCGAUCACCACCCAACGAUGAAAAGAAUACAGAAAAGAGAAAUUGCAAAGAAUCUGCAAAUAUAGUUUCCUUGCUCAGAAUUGGAUUCCCAUUCUAAGAACCCAACACCAGGUGUCUUUUUGUGGACAAUUUUAACUAGGGAGUAGGGGAAGCUUUAUCUCCCCCAUCAAAAGAAACCCCACUAUAAAUGAGAUUUUACUUCUUCUAAGUCCUCAUAGCCCUAAUCCGUAGCAGCCUAAAACCCCUUCCUCUUCCCUCAACACCCCCCAACCUUAAAAGAGUUGGUCCAAAACCAAAGCAAGAGCAAAUGAGGAAAGUAUUACUUAUAUGGGUUUUCUUCAUUCUGUCCCUCAAAGUUCUUUCACAAUCAGCAUGUGAAAGCACUUUCGCCAAAAAAGCCGGAGACCGGUCGUCUUCAAAGCUCUCAAAACAUCUUAACUGUAAGAAUGAUGUUAAAGAUUUAUAUGCACCGCUCAUGAAACCAAACAGAGAAGGUGAUCAAAGAACACAUGGGGCAGAUCAUGGAGAUCAUCAAUUAAGGGUUUUCCAAAAGGCAAAAGUAGUUUAUGGGGGUGCCAAUAACGUUAAGCCCCCCAACACUCGCAGACGAAGUGGAGCAAACUCCUUGUUAAUCAAACCCUCUUCUGGGGUUUUUGGGGUGCUCGGGCAUGUUAUAUUUGGAUUGUUGAUGUCUGUUUUCAUCUUUUGAAUGCCAUGGGUGAAUAUUGUCUUAAUCUUAAACAUAGGUAUAUAUAAGCUUCAAAGGGGGGAAAGGAAAAAUUGUUGCAAGAUGUGAUCAUUUAGCUUCAUUUUUCUCUUCUUUAAUUUGAUCAAUGUUAAGGACUAACCUUUUCAAUUCAUUAGAUCUCCAACCCUUCAUCUCUCGGGCUUUUUGUUUGACUGAGUAAAUGAUAUAUAAAACAGAAGAAAAAAGCAAAACACACAAUUCAUAUAUGCUAAAUAAUAUCUCUAAUGCUUCAGGAAAUAGUCUACCCUCUAUUAUUUAAAAUCUGCAGUUUUCUCUCUUUUUAAACCUUCUGAAUAAACAUUUACACUCGUAUUUUAUUCU